AUGGCGCUCCUGGGUAGAGAUUUCAUAUUUGCAUUCCACAGGAAGGACGGCCCCUUAGGCCUGCAGCUCCGGCUCUUGGAUGGGGAUCAGAUCGUGGUAACCGGCGUCUCGGGGCAGCUGAAGAAGGAGGUGGAGAGGCGCCGGCAGUCUGGCUCCCUGAUUGUGGGUCAGAGAGUGGUCUUGGUCGGAGACCUGGUUCUGGCCGUCAAUGGCCAGAGCCACUUCGAGACUGUUUGCAACGAGCUGCGAGCGGCGAAGGCGCUCUACUUCGUUAUCCGGAGACAUGCUGCUGCUCUCGACCUCGACCUGGAAGGAAGGAGGCCUGAUGCAUCGAGCGCGGUGCCCGCGCAGAGCACGGCGGACGACUUGCCUCCACCGCCAUGGGCAGCAAUGGCAGACAUGCCGGCAGCAUCGAGCUCGGUGACAGUGCAGAGCACGGAGGACGACUUGCGUGCACCAUGGGCAGCAGCGGCACAAGCGCCAGCCACAUCGAGCACCGCGCCAGCGCAGAUGUCUUCACCAUGGGUGGCGACGACAGAAGCGCCAGCAGCAUCGAGCUCGGUGACCGUGCAAAGCACGUUGGACGACUUGCGUGCACCAUGGGCAGCAGCGGCACAAGCGCCAGCCACAUCGAGCACCGCGCCAGCGCAGAUGUCUUCACCAUGGGUGGCGACGUCAGAAGCGCCCGUGCCAGCGCCGAGCACGGCAGACGACCCGCCUGCACCAUGGGAAGUGAUGGCAGAAGCGCCAGCCGCAUCGAGCACCAUGCCAACACAAAGCACGGCAGACGACUCGCCUGCACCAUGGGAAGUCAUGGCAGAAGCGCCUGCAAAAGAAGAGACGACACUCUCGACAAUGGCCUCGGAAACGGAUGAUCCUCUGAGCCAGCAAAUGUUUGGCUGGGAGCAGCGCGCUCCGGGUGAGUGGUUUCACCCAACCACUCAGGAGUCCUUCAACGAGGGCGACUCGAACAGUGGCUGGACAAAGUAUCUGGACGAGAACACUUGCAAGCCAUGGUUUUGGCACGAGGCAACUGGACGCUUCUUCUUUGCUUGA